AUGUUAGAGAACUACAGGAACCUGGCCUCCUUGGGUCUUGUGGUCUCUAAGCCAGACCUGGUCACCUUUCUGGAGCAAAUGAAGAAUCCCUGGGAUGUAAGGAGCCUGGAGACGCCACGCAUUCACACUGGGGAGAGGCCUUAUAAAUGUACAGAGUGUGGCAAAGCCUUUAAUCAGAAGUCAUGUCUUACUGAUCACCAGAGAAUUCAUACUGGAGAGAAACCUUAUAAAUGUAAAGAAUGCGGAAAAGCCUUCAGUCGCUGCUCAACUCUUACUCAACACCAGCGAAUUCAUACUGGAGAGAAGCCUUAUAAAUGUAAAGAAUGUGGAAAAGCCUUCAGUUACUACUCAGCUCUUCAUGAACACCAGCGAAUUCAUUCUGGAGAGAAGCCUUAUAAAUGUAAAGAAUGCAGAAAAGCCUUCAGUCACUACUCAACUCUUAUUGAACACCAGAGUAUUCAUACUGGGGAGAGGCCUUAUAAAUGUAAGUGUUGUGGCAAAGACUUUAGCAAGCACUCACGUCUUACUCGCCAUCAGAGUAUUCAUACUGGAGAGAGGCCUUAUAAAUGUGAGGAUUGUGGCAAAGCGUUUAGACAGCACUCAUGUCUUACUAAACAUCAACUAAUCCAUACUGGAGAGAAAUCUUAUAUAUGUAAAGAAUGCGGAAAAGCCUUCAGUUACCAUUCAACUCUUACUCAACACCAGAGAAUUCAUACUGGAGAGAAGCCUUAUAAAUGUCAAGAAUGUGGAAAAGCCUUCAGUCACUACUCAACUCUUACUCAACACCAGCGAAUUCAUACUGGAGAGAAGCCUUAUAAAUGCAUAGAAUGUGUAAAAGCCUUCAGUCACUACUCAAAUCUUACUCAACACCAGAGAAUUCAUACUGGGGAGAGGCCUUAUAAAUGUAAGGAUUGUGGCAAAGACUUUAGCAAGCACUCAGGUCUAACUUGCCAUCAGAGAAUUCAUACUGUAGAGAAACCUUAG